AUGUUUCAGUACGCAGCAGUUCUGGUAUUCCUAUUUGUUAUAACCCCAGCAUUAAGUGAUGAAAAUAAAAGUGAAUUUAAAAAAUCCUUCUCGAAAAAUUGUGAUUCUUCUUAUACAUUAACUUGCUUAAAGCUGGAUAUUGUUUCGUGGGUGGAAACAUUGAAUGAAGAAGACAACUAUGCGUUACUACCAGGUGUUUCUAUAGUGCGUGAAAAUAUCAGUGCAAGAGCCAACACAGCUGAUAUUGUAGCUGAUUUAGCCAGAGAGUUCCCAAACGAUCCUGAAGCUAGACUUGACGUGUUUUUAAUGAGGAAAGUUACUGGAUUCAUUAACAAUCAUUCUAUUAAAUUAAAAUUAUGGAGUGAUAAUAUUGAUAUAGCUUCUGCUCGUGGUAAAGGCGGCGGAUUCGGAGGUAAAGGAGGUGGACUUGGAUAUCUUAUUGCUGCAGGUGCCAUGAUGAAAGGUACACUUUUAGCCAUAGCUCUAGGAGCAUUAGCAGCUUUGGCGGGUAAAGCCCUUAUGGCAGCACUAAUGUCCUUAGUAUUAUCAGCUUUGGCUGGUCUGAAAGGAAUGGGAGGUCAUGGAAAAACUACCUACGAAGUUGUAGCUAAGCCUGUGUAUACUGCAUCCCAUUCUCACUCGACCUCCCAUGAAGAUUAUGGACAUGGGGCACAUUCGGGCUAUGGACGAAGCUUUGCGGACCAACCGCUCCCUAUAGGGUUGCAACCGAAUUAUAAACCGGAACAUUAA